AUGCAAGGAAUUUUUUCAAAUUUUGAAGGCAAUAAGAAGUUCCAGUGGACCGAGAAAUGCGAAGAGGCUUUUCAAGCAUUGAAAACACAUUUAGGGCAGCCCCCAAUCCUAUCAAAACCCGUAACCGGUGAAGUCUUGUCAAUUUAUCUAGCGGUGUCAGAAUAUGCAAUUAGUUCGGUACUAAUCUGCGAAGAUCAAGAACAACAGUACCCGGUGUAUUAUGUCAGUAAACGCCUAUUGGAAGCUGAGACCCGCUACCCUCAAAUGGAAAAAUUAGCGUUCACCCUGGUAACAUCGUCGAGAAAGUUGCGACCUUAUUUCAAGGCCCACAGCAUCGAAGUUUUAACAAACUACCCUUUGAGGCAAGUCUUGGCAAAACCAGAGACAUCGGGGAGAUUGUUGAAAUGGUCAGUAGAGUUAAGUCAGUUUGAAAUCAAGUACAAACCGAGAACUGCGAUCAAGGGGCAAGCCUUGGCAGAUUUCAUUCUCGAGUUCCCCAGUACUGAAGUGUCACUCAUAAAUGAAAAGAUCAACACCGCUAUACCAAAAGGAGAAGGAUGGACGUUGUACAUCGAUGGGGCUUCUAAUAGCGAAGGAUUGAAGCUUGCUCUCGAGAUGAGAAUCGAGUACUUACAGGCUUUCAGCGAUUCCCAAAUCGUCGUAUGCCAGGAUAAUGGAGAACAUCUGGCCAGAGGCGGGCGAUUAGUUAAGUAUCUCACCAUAGUAUGCGAGCUGAUGCAGAAAUUCAAGAAAGUAGUCGUGUCCCGAGUACUGCGUGCUCAUAACUCACACGCAGACGCAUUGGCUCGUUUGCCCUCGACUAGAGAAGCCAAAUUACUCGAUGUAAUUCCUGUUGAUGUAUUGGCUCACUCGACGAUAAAUAGAGAAGAAACGAUGGAAAUAGAUAUCGCCCAAGAGGUCACCUGGAUGACUCCAAUAGUCGCAUAUCAGGAGAAGGGUAUCUUGCCUGGUGGCAAGAUGGAAGCAAGGAAGCUGCGACAGCGGGCUGCCCCAUAUGUCAUCUAUGAUGGAAGAUUAUAUCGCAGAAGCUUCAGUCAACCAUUACUUAACUGUAUCGAUGGGGAAGACUGCGACUACAUACUCUGUGAGGUGCACGGGGUUAUUUGUGGGAAUCAUACAGGUGGUAAUUCCCUUGCCCUAAAAAUCAUGCGACAGGGGUAUUACUGGCCUACCUUGCGACAAGACGCUUUCACUUUCGCAAAGAAAUGCGACAAAUGCGGAGUCAAGUAUUCUGUGGUCGCGGUCGACUACUUCACAAAAUGGGCUGAGGCCAAAGCACUAGCAACCAUCACAGUGACUAAGUUGCGCGAGUUUGUCUACAACUCAAUAAUCUGUCGAUUUGGCAUCCCUUACAAGCUCAUUUCAGAUAAUGGAAAGCAAUUUGACUGUAAGGAGAUGCGGCAGUUAUGCAACGACGUGGGAAUUAAAAAAGCAUUCUCAACAGUCGCCUAUCCGCUAAGUAACGGGCAAACUGAAGUAGUCAAUAAGAUAAUAAAGCACACCAUCAAAGGAAAACUCGAAGAACGUAAGGGGGUAUGGCCAGACGAGCUUUCGCAAGUUUUAUGGUCAUACAACACGACCCCCCGAUCCACGACUGGCGAGACUCCUUUCUUGCUCACUUAUGGAUGCGAGGCUAUGGUACCAGUUGAGAUUGGGGCGGAAGCUAUUAUAGUGAGAGAUGUUUUCAACGUUGAACAGAACGAAGAAAAAUAG